AUGUCUUCUAAUGGAGAACGUGAUCCUCUCCUCGGACUUGCGGGCGAAUCAAACCUCGCCCGCGACACCAAUCUCGGGGACCUUGCCGCUAAGGAUGAGAAGAGGCACCGGGCGACGAAAGUCCGCGCAGUUGUCUAUGGCGUCCUCACUGCUGCCUUCAUCGCUGGCGUCAUAUCUAUGGCGCUACUGUGGAAGAAGAUGGGACGUGAUGAUAUUGUGCUCCCGAAAGACCCGCAGGAGGCUGCCCAGAGAGUACUGGAUAUUGCCCCUGUGAUUGACGGGCACAUAGAUCUUCCGGAAUACGCUCGAACGACUUACGCCAACAAUAUCUCUGCCUUCGACCUGAACGGAGUCGUCUCCAAGCAUGUGGAUAUACCCCGCCUACGGAAGGGCAGAGUAGGGGGGUUCUUUUGGUCGGUUUACACUGCUUGUCCCGCCCACGCCGACCUUGAUGAUGGCGAGGAUUUCAUUAACGCAACUUGGCGAGUACGAGACACGCUUGAACAGAUUGAUGUAUCCAAAUUGCUUAUUGAGAAGUACUCUGACACGUUCGAGCUCGCGCUCACCUCGGAAGAUGCCAAGUCUGCUAUCAGCAGGGGGAAGAUUGCUAGUAUGCUUGGCGUUGAAGGUGCUCACCAGCUAGGGAAUUCACUUGCUGUGCUGCGCCAGUACUAUGAUCUCGGUGUGCGAUACGCCACAUUGACCCACAUGUGCCAUAAUGCAUUUGCCGAUUCCGGCGGAUACCUGGUCCCAAUGGAACCCAAAUGGGGUGGACUGAGUCCCCUUGGACGUGUUCUCGUCAAGGAAAUGAACCGAUUGGGCAUGCUUGUUGAUCUCAGUCAUACAUCGGACGAUACAGCGAGGCAAGCGUUGGAAAUAACAAAGGCUCCUCUCAUCUGGUCUCAUUCUUCUGCUCGUUCAGUGCACAACGUCGCGCGGAAUGUGCCUGAUGACAUUCUAGAGAAGAUUGGAACUACAGAAGGCAAAGUGGAUGCAGUUAUCAUGGUCAAUUUUGCGCCACAGUUUGUUGCAAAGCCCGGGAAAGCUACUCUUCAUGUUGUUGCUGAUCAUAUUGAAUACCUCGCAAACAGGAUGGGCAAAGCUCACGUUGGACUUGGUAGCGACUAUGACGGCAUCGACAGUGUUCCUGAGGGACUCGAAGAUGUUUCGAAGUAUCCGGAUCUAAUUGCCGAGCUAUACGCCCGAGGAUGGACCGGCUAUGAGCUUGCGGGCCUCACGGGGCGCAAUGUCUUGCGCAUCAUGGAGGGUGCUGAGCGAGUAGCUGCGGAAUUGAAGGCAAGCGGAGCGCAACCCGCUAUGGAACUGUAUGACAAGAGAAACGAUCUACCUCAAGGAUCUCUGAAGGCUGAGUUGUAA